AUGGAGGAAACAACUCCCAGUUAUGAUUACUUCUAUUCUCUUAGUUCAGAUGCUCCUGAAGAAAAUUGCCAAAUUCUGAAGCUGCCUUAUAUGGACAUUUUUGUGAGUGUUCUUUAUAUUGUUAUUUUUCUUGUAGGGACUUUGGGCAAUGGCCUUCUGAUAGGAACAUUAAUCUUCAAACAAUAUGUAUGGAGGCUUACUGAUACCUUCAUUGUCAACUUGGCAAUUUCUGAUUUUAGUUUUCUUAUCACAUUGCCUUUCUGGAUAGACAAGGAACUAGCCUCAGGAAUUUGGAGAUCUGGCUCUAUUCUGUGCAAAGGCAGUUCCUACAUUAUCUCAGUCAACAUGUACUGCAGCAUCUUUCUUCUGACGUGGAUGAGUGGUGACCGGUACUUGACCAUCAUGUACCCAUCAAUGGCUAAAAAAAUUAGAACAAGGCUUUAUCCUAUUCUCAUUUGCAUCAGUGUUUGGAUACUAUCCUGCCUGUUAGGGCUGCAUACUCUACAAUCCAGAGAGUUGAGAAGCUACAACAACAAUACUUAUUGUAUGAACAAGGAAACCAUAACCAACAAUUGGAUUGGAUCAUUGAUGUUGCUAACUUUGGCUUUCUUUAUACCACUGUUCAGCAUAUUAACAUUGCAUUAUUCCAUAAUUAAAAAACUAUAUGUGCACUAUCAGAAAUUUGGGAAACAUGACAAAAAACUGAGAAAAUCCAUCAAAAUUGUCUUCGUGAUAGCAAUUGUUUUUCUUUUCUCUUGGACUCCUUUCAACAUUUUUAAAAUCUUGGCUUUGAUAUAUGACUUCUUGGAACUGAAGCCAUCUUUCUGCCUUUACUAUAAAAUUGUCUAUCUGGGCAUGGAACUGGGUGGUCUAUUCGCAUUCGCCAACAGCUGCACAAACCCUUUCAUCUACUUCUUCUUUGAUGAUUGCAUCCGUAGGGUCAUGAUACAAAGUAUUCUUCCAUGCAGGAAGUACAGUAAACCUGGAAACAGUUUUUCAAGCUUUGACACUUAGAUUUUCAGAGCAUUUCUCCCUGAAAAUUGGGAGGAGAAGGAAGUUGUUAUCAUCCUGCAUAGAAUCACCAAUUUGAAGUAUUCAUAAAAAGGGGAAGGUUGAAAUGUGAGGAAAUUCAAAUAAAGAAUUAGGAAGGAAUUAUGACUAAGUUAGCUACUGAAUAUUUAUUAGAGUUACAUAGAAGACAGAAUAUGUAUCUUUAAUUGGAUAGUUAAUGAGAAGAUUAAGUUGAAUAUACUUAUACUGUAAGAAUUAUAUAUUCCUGAAUGUUAAUAGGUAA